AUGACGCGAAUGACAUCUCCUCAGUUCUGUCUGAUAUGUGGAGACUCUGCUGAUUCUCUACACUUUGGAGCACUGUCAUGCAGAGCAUGCGCCGCUUUCUUCCGUCGGAAAGUUGCUGGACGUCGCAAUAUUUUCCGUCGAUGUGAUCGCCAAUGUAAAGUGGAUACUGGAAUGAGAAAACUCUGUGCAAGUUGCCGAUAUGAUAAAUGCCUGAAAGUGGGAAUGAGGGAAUCUGCAGUUCUCUCUCGACUGGCUCAGAAAAAUCAAAACUAUAAAAAGCCAUCUGGCUCUCCAGAAGAGUGCGAACCGUCUACAUCAACUUCUGGAAGUAUUCUGGAAAAUCUUCAGAAUGCGUAUCAAAAAUUAGAGGAAGCUCGAAGAAAAGCAUUCAAUAUUACGCAUGAUUCCGUUCCUCAAAGCUCCAAUUACAAACGGAUGAAUGAAGUGUUCUAUGAGGAUAUCAAAUUGGUUGUCGAGAAUUUAGUGAGUACAUUACAGUGUCCUGAUAUAUCGAAAGAGCAGCAAAAACUACUUCAUGUUCAUUUUUUGGUUCCUUUUAUCCUGCUAGAAGGCGGUUACAAAUCGACUAAUAGUGAACUGUUUUAUCUUCCAAGUGGGGACUAUAUUGAUGAAACGAGGAUUGCAGAGUAUUACCAAAAUCCAGACGAUCUAAAUGAUAAAAGUGGAGAGGCAGCGGCAGAAGUUUUCCGUCCAUAUUGGAAGCUAAAUCGUCAAACUCUGAAAAUGCAUUUAGACGAUGUUCAACUAGACUUGCCAGAACUUCUCUUUGUAACUGCCCUUGUAUUUUAUGACUAUGGUCUGCAAGAUCAAACGGAUGACUGCAUCGAGAUGUGCAAAAGAAUGAGGUCACAAAUUUUAGAGGAACUGACGGAUUAUGAGAAAAACGUUCGGAUCAAUGACGAUCACUCGUAUCGAGUCGGUCAGAUCAUAAUGGUACUUCAAGCAAUUCAACGGACUGUGAACAUGGUUCACGAGACGAGAGAGAUAUCUCUGGUUUAUAACUUGUAUGAAAGGCAUUCCAGCAUUUUUGAAACUAUAAAAGACUAG